CAAAAACUCCAUCGACAACCCCAUUCCGCCUGUCUAUAUUUAAAAUUUUUCUGCUCAUCAUUUUUUUCAUAAGAGAAAGCUAAGUAAACAGUUACACUCUCCAUUUUCCUUAAGCUUUCUACAACUAAAACCCUAAGCACAACAACAUCUUAUACUAACACUGAAAAACCAAAAGUUACCUUUUUUUUUUAAAUUAGAGAUGGCCUUUGAGCCACCGUCUCUAAUUUCAUUUCAUGUACGAUCUAAUAUUAUUCUCCAAAUGCACCUGAAUUGUACGAAAAUGAGUUGUUAAGACAGGAAGAAAAAUCGUUUUUGUAAUUUGCAUUGGCCCAAUUACUUAUUAAACAGAGCAGAGAUAUCAGCGCCUCAGCCUGAAGAUAAUUUAUUUUAUUUUCACCAACAUUACUAAUGGCUUCGAUGGGGAAGGGAGGGACGGAGAAGGUAAAGAGAUGUUUGAGGACUAUAUAUUUCAUGGUUGUGAUGUUGGCGUCGCUGCUAAUGCUAUCGGCGCCAAUGAUGGUGUCAAUAGGGGAUUUUCUGGUUAGUAGCAUGUUCGUUUCUAGUUUUACGUGCCUGAGAUGUUACAGUUUUAAAGAGCAUUUGCACAGAUAUGCGUUCAAAACUUCAUUGACGGAUAUUCCUCUCGUUUCGAUCAUGAGAUCUCUUAUCAUCACCUGUGUUUAUUCUAUGUGUGAUGGACCUGCUCUUUCACAUGGACCAUAUCUCGGAACUGCUACACUCUGUUCCAUUAUAUCCAUUAUUCUUGUUUCCGUAAAGGCGAGUGUUUUUUCUGGAAAUUCAUACAUGGAGGCUGAAGCUUCAUCUUCUAUUGAGCAAAAGCUUCACUUGGAAAAGUCAUGGGGGAUGCCUGUGUUGUUUCUAUCAUCUAUAGUCUUUGCUGUUGGACAUAUUGUUGUUGCCUAUAGAACAAGCUGUCGAGCUAGGAGGAAACUCUUGUUUCACCGAAUUGACCCCGAAGCUGUCCUUCCUUGUAAAGUUGUUUUCUCUGCAUACAAUAAGCUACCACGGUCUCCAACUCCUUCUGCUGGGAAAGGAUCAAAAUGUGAUAGUGAAAUGAGGAGGAAACUUGCAGGAUCAGCUCGUGAGGACGGGGAAAUCCCUGCCAAACUGCUUGCUGAUGUUGACAGCUUAUUUAUUUCUUGCUCAGGGCUUACUCUUCAUUACAAACUUAGGUUGCCUGGAUCACCUUGCCAUUCCUUGUCCUCCACAGCCCAUGUAGACAGGCCACUAAGUCUUUUAUCAAAUGUGGAUUAUCGUAUUCGGAGGAGCUACAGUAGUCAAUAUCCUGCAAACUGUCUCUCCACACCUUUAUUAGAUGGUUUUCACCUGUCUGAAGAAAUGCCUAAUCUCAACCUAGAUGAAGUUGGUGAUGGAGAUACAGUUAAUAGGUCGGGGUCUCCUCGUCUUAUACAAGAUCUGGAAGGUAAUGAUCAGUUUGGAAUUGUUUUGGUACAUGGUUUUGGUGGUGGGGUCUUCUCUUGGAGAAAUGUGAUGGGAGUACUAGCUCAGCAGGUAGGUUGUGCAGUCACUGCCUUUGACAGGCCAGGAUGGGGAUUGACAUCUAGGCCUUUCCGAACAGACUGGGAGGAGGAUCAUUUGCCCAAUCCCUACACGAUUGAUGCUCAGGUUGACCUGCUUCUGUCCUUCUGUUCAGAGAUGGGUUUUACUUCAGUUGUACUUGUUGGCCAUGAUGAUGGUGGACUGCUUGCACUAAAGGCAGCACAAAGAGUCCAGUCAUCCACAAAUUUUAAUGAUGUUAAGAUCAAGGGGAUUGUAUUAUUGGGUGUUAGCCUGUCAAGAGAACUGGUUCCUGCCUUCGCAAGAGUAUUAUUACGCACUUCACUUGGAAAAAAGCACUUGGUCCGUCCUCUUUUGCGAACAGAAAUUACUCAAGUUGUUAAUAGACGAGCAUGGUAUGACGCAACGAAGUUGACAACUGAGGUUUUGAGCUUUUACAAGGCACCAUUAUGUGUGGAAGGUUGGGAUGAAGCCCUCCAUGAGAUAGGGAAACAAUCAUAUGAGACAGUCCUCUCCCCAGAAAAGGCAGCAGCAUUGCUAAAAGCAGUUGAAAGUUUGCCAGUUUUGGUGAUUGGGGGAGCUGAAGAUGCACUUGUAUCUUUGAAGUCUGUCCAAGCUAUGGCUUCAAAACUUGUAAAUUCUAGACUGGUUGCAAUAUCGGGGUGUGGUCAUCUUCCGCAUGAGGAGUGUCCCAAGGCAUUGUUAGCGGCAAUGUCACCCUUCAUCAAUAGAAUUUUAGUUGAACAACUGCAACACCAAUAGGGUGCUCUCUGUCAAGUCAAGCAGCAUCCCGUGGAUUUAUUAAUAUCUUUUUGUAUUUUGCUUUAUAAAAUUUACUCGGAAGGUAGCUCAUCUUUAGGUAGUCUUGCUGAUAGUUUGGAGCUCUGCUUUAGAGCUUUUAGUUAUAGUUUCUCCGAUUCUUAAGCUUGUUUUACUAGUUUCUCUUAUCCUUGGUUAUGUUAUCUGCCACAUAAGGAGUGGGAGAUAACUUUCUAUGUACAUUCUUUCAGCAGUAAAGUGCAGCUUAUUUCUCCAA